AUGAAUGUUCGAAUGAUGACAUCCAAAGAUUCAUUGAUUUUUGAAGGCUGUCAAAUAGUUUUUCUAUGUUUUGUAUGGUAUGGUGUAUCAGCAGCAGGGAAUGUUAUUGUUAAAGAAUUACUCAAUGAUUUUCCGUUUCCGUUGACCGUUACACUUGUCCAACUUUUCAGUGUGUGGAUUUUAAGUAUUCCACUUCUUCAUUUUUGGAAAGUUCCUGCACCUGAAUAUCUAUAUCAAAAUCGAAUUUAUUAUUUAAAAGUGAUUAUACCAUUAGCCAUAGGCAAAUUUCUUGCACAAUUAUCAUCUCAUGUUAGUCUUUGGAAAGUACCUGUUUCUUAUGCUCAUACAGUCAAAGCAACAAUGCCUUUAUUCACUGUAAUUUUGUCUCGUUUAAUAUUACGCGAAAAACAAUCCUUAUCUGUUUAUUUUUCACUUCUCCCAAUUAUUAUUGGUGUCAUCAUAGCAACAGUUACGGAAAUCUCUUUCAAUAUGGUUGGUCUUAUUAGUGCUCUACUCUCAACAUUUGGAUUUUCAUUACAAAAUAUUUAUUCAAAAAAAUCUUUAAAAGACAUAUCAAUUCAUCAUUUUGCAUUACUUGCUAUAUUAGCUAAAUUAUCCUGGUGUUUAUUUGUACCUUUUUGGUUUUUUUACGAUGGAAUUGAUAUAUAUUAUAAUACGAAAUACCAUUCGUAUGGUCCAGCAAAAAAAAUAUUUUUUUAUUUAUUUAUUGAUGGUCUUCUAAAUUUUCUACAUAAUGUUGUAGCAUUUACAAUGAUUUCACUUGUAUCACCGUUAUCAUAUAGUAUUGCAAAUAGUACAAAACGAAUUGUCGUUAUUUGUAUUUCAUUAUUAAUAUUAAGAAAUCCAGUAACAAACACAAAUGUUAUUGGCAUGAGUUUAGCUUUAUUUGGUGUUUUUUAUUACAAUAAAGCUAAAUAUGAUCAACGUCGUGCUCAACAGAAAGAACAUAUUAUUCCUUUAGUUCGUAGUGAACCCAGUCUAAAUACAUUAAAUCUUGGUACUAUUAAAUUUACUCAUCCGGAUACUGAUUUAAUAUCUCGACAUCAUCCAUCAUAUCAUACAUCUCGGCCAUUUUACAACGGUUCUAUACCCAACUAUGCCAGUAAAACAUAUAAAAAUAUUUAA